GGUCUGAUUCUAGGCCUACGCUCGGCAAGAGCGGGGAGGAGGAGUGGGGGAGGUCGCUGGUCGCGGGGCAGAAGGGUGCGCAACAAGGCGAUGCGGCCCGGAGCGUAGCCGUUGCAGCGCCAUCAUCAUGAUCAUAGAGAACGUGGACGCGCUUAAGUCCUGGCUGGCCAAGUUGUUGGAGCCAAUAUGUGAUGCAGAUCCCUCAGCCUUGGCUAACUAUGUUGUGGCGUUGGUCAAGAAAGACAAGGCAGAGAAAGAGCUGAAGGCUUUCUGUGCUGAUCAGCUAGAUGUCUUCCUACAAAAAGAAACUUCAGGAUUUGUUGAUAAACUCUUUGAGAGCCUAUAUACUAAGGAUUACUUAUCUCCUAAUGAACCAGCAAAACCAGAACCUAAGACUGCAGGACAAGGAAAAGAGGAGAUCAAAGAGGAGACAUUUCAGGAAACCUUUGAAGAAGAGCGAGAGGGCAAAAAGAAGAAAUUCACUAGCCCACAGAAAAAUCGUUCAGAUAUUAAUGAACAAAGAGCAAGAGAAAGAAAAAGAGAAGAUGGCAAAUGGAGAGACUAUGAUAGAUACUAUGACCGGAAUGACAUGUACAGAGACAAAUAUGAUUGGCGGAGGGGAAGAAGUAAGAGUCGCAGUAAAAGCAGAGGAUUGAGUCGCAGCAGGAGUCGCAGCAGAGGUAGAAGCAAAGACCAGGAUGCAAACAAAGAGCGGGAUACAAACAGAAAUGUUGAGCACAGAGAGAGAGCAAAAUUCAAGUGUGAAAGGGGUGACAUGGAAAGCUCAUAUAACUCGGUGUCUUUGUCUCUUGCUAAAUCUACGGAGCAGUAUUCCUCUGGAGCACAGUGUAUUCCCAGUGCUGUUACUGUGAUUGCACCUGCUCACCAUCCUGAAAACACAACAGAAAGCUGGUCAAAUUACUACAACAAUCAUUCUUCUAAUUCGUUUGGCAGAAAUGCUCCACCAAAAAGGCGUUGUCGAGAUUAUGAUGAACGAGGGUUUUGUGUGCUUGGUGACCUCUGCCAGUUUGAUCAUGGAAAUGAUCCACUGGUCGUAGAUGAAGUGUCUUUGCCAAGCAUGAUUCCUUUCCCACCGCCACCUCCAGGACUUCCUCCGCCUGGAAUGUUAAUGCCACCUGCACAAGGCCCUGCUCACAACAUGAGAAUGCCAGGACCACAAGUACAUCAUCGGCCACCACCUCCUGUUAGAAUUCCUAUACCAAGGCCACCUUUGCCACAGUCAAGUCUGAUAAACAACCGUGACCAGCCAGGCACAACUAUGGUGCCUAGCCUUGCACCCGUGGGAGCAAGACUACCUCCUCCUCUAUCCCAAAACCUGUUAUAUACAGUAUCAGAACAUACAUACGAACCAGACGGCUAUAAUCCAGAGGCUCCUAGUAUUACCAGUGCUGGUAGAUCACAGUAUCGACAGUUCUUUUCAAGAACGCUAAUGCAGCGUCCAAAUCUUAUUGGUCUGACUUCUGGUGAGAUGGAUACAAAUCCAAGAGCUGCUAAUAUUAUCAUCCAGACUGAGCCUCCAGUUGGCAUAGUGAGUAACAGCACUAACAUAUCUAGAGUGGUGCUUGAGCCAGACAACAGGAAGCGAGUUUCUAACACUGUAGAAGGACCAUCUGUAAAGAAACCCUGGAUUGGAAAACAAGCUAAUAACAAUCAGAAUAAGCCAGGAUUCCCAAAGAAAAACCAGUAUACAAACACCAAGCUGGAAGUUCGUAAAAUACCCCCAGAACUGAACAAUAUUACUCGGCUUAAUGAACACUUCAGCAAAUUUGGAACAAUUGUCAACAUUCAGGUUGCCUUCAGAAAUGAUCCUGAAGCUGCUUUAAUUCAGUACUUAACUAACGAUGAAGCCAGAAAAGCCAUUUCGAGCACAGAAGCAGUGUUAAACAAUCGGUUUAUAAGAGUCCUGUGGCACCGAGAAAACAGUGAGCAGCAGCCAUUGCAACCUGCCCAGCAGCAGCAGACCUUACCACCACUUCAUCACCAACUUCAGCUGCAGCAACCAAUGCUGACACAGACUCCAGCUGUAACAAUGCACAGCAGUGUGCCAAAGGUAGCAAAUAAACCAUUGACACCGGGUUCUUACGUGAUUAACAAGGUUCCAGUUAAAUAUCGUCUUGGAGCAACGGGUGGAAAUCAACUGGAUUCUCAACAUUUGUUGCUUAACCAGUCCAGUGCUGCAGCAGAGGAUGCCCAGAUGUUUCCAGCCUCAACUACCCACACAAAGAUGGUUUAUAGUACCUCUAACCUAAAGACAUCCAUAAAGUCUAGUACAGGAAAUAAAUCCCAUGAUGUCCAAGAAGUUUUGAAAAAGAAGCAGGAGGCAAUGAAGCUGCAACAAGACAUGAGGAAGAAAAAGCAAGAAAUGGUAGAGAAGCAAAUAGAAUGUCAAAAGAUGUUGAUCUCAAAGCUAGAAAAGAAUAAAGCCAUGAAGCCAGAGGAGAGAGCAGAGAUCAUGAAGACACUGAAGGAGCUAACAGGAAAGAUCUCUCAGCUGAAAGAUGAGUUGAAAACACCGUCUGCCGCUUCUACAACAUCAAAACUGAAAUCUAAAACUGAGGCACAAAAAGAACUUUUGGAUGCAGAACUAGACUAUCACAAGAGGCUGUCUUCAGGAGAAGAUACAACAGAGUUAAGGAAAAAGCUCAACCAGUUACAGGUGGAGGCUGCCCGUUUAGGUAUCUUGCCUGCUGGUCGUGGAAAAGGAACAUCUGCUCAAAGCAGAGGUCGAGGACGAGGUGGAGGAAGGGGGAGAGGUACAAUGUACCAUAUGGUGGUCGAUCAUCGUCCCAAAGCACUAUCUAUCGGGGGCUUUGUGGAAGAGGAAAAAGACGAGUUGGUGCGGCAUUUCGCACAAUUUGGAGAUAUCGAAGGCUUUCAUGAAGAAGACUCUCCUUUAAGUGUUGUUCUGACAUUCAAAUCCCGUACUGAAGCUGAAAUUGCUGCUAACCAGGGAUUAAAGUUCAAAGACCGACAACUUCAGAUAUCAUGGCACAAACCCAAGGUACCUUCUGUGUCUGCUGAAACUGAGGAGGAAGAGCCAAAGGAAGAGGAGACAGAAACUUCAGAUUUAUUUUUGCCUGAAGAUGAUGAUGACGAUGAUGAAGAUGAAGAUGAAUCUCGUUCUUGGAGAAGAUGAAACUUGAAAUUAAAUCAUAUAGUUUUAGAACUGUUCAAACUAAAACUUUUUAAAAUUAUUUAAAGGAAGUGAGUGAGCCAAAAAUCUGUUUUGUUUUGUUUUUCUUUUCUUAGAGCAAGUGUGAGUUUCAUACAUGAACUUGGCAAAGAAGUAGCCAUUACAUUAGAUCAGCCAAAGGCCCAAACUUAUACAGAACUAUAAAGAUGGUUGUGAUCCUCUGAUACAUUUCAUCUUUAGCCUUUCAAGCCCAACUUGUGUCCAUUCUAUUUUUAAAAUAUGGAUUAUUUUAUUAUCAAUUACCUUUACAAGUUUUAUUUAAUAAUACACUCUCAGAUGAGAGAUGUGGGUGAAAUUCAUUUAUAUAUAAGCAUUGCCUUGAAUCUGAUCAUUCAACCAAGUUCUUUCAUUUGGUGAUGUGCUAUUUACCUUUAAUUCAAUUCCACUUCUGUGUUUGUAAGCCAUCAAGAAUUGCGCGUAAUGUGACUGAAGGGAUUAUAGGGCAAGGCUGCCCAGCCCAAGUCCACUGUGUUGUAUUCCGUCUAGUUAUUUUGAGCACUGUUGAGUCCUAUCAUAAUAUUUUAAUAAUAUUCUCAAUUUAAUUCUCAGAAUUAGGUCAAUCUAUUUGAUUGAUUUUGGGUUCAGUUGAAUUUGGGUUCUGUGAAUUUCACUUUUGGCAGAACAAAAGUAGGCAUCUGGCACAAACGACAUUGAAGUGAACCGUUUUUGGUGAAGAGCACCCACUGCCAGUAUUGGGAAAUGGGCUUAGACAUUUUUAGUACUCCCCAGCCAUUGAAACACACUGUCCUAACUCCAUGAUUGAAUUAAUUAUUUUAAAUGUUUUAGUCCAAGUCUGUGCAGUAUUCCAAGAAAGUUACUGCCUCUAGCCCACAAAGGCCAAGUACAUGGGAUGAUAUAAUGCUGAACUCUCUACUGGAUGUUAAAACUGUGGUUGAAGAAAGACAAAUGGGAUGAUGAAUAUCUUCGAUGCCUCUUUUUGUGCAUUUGAUUUUAUCUUCUUUUUUAAAGCACCAAAUAGGACAUUGUGCUGAUUCUGAUGGAGACUUACCAGAAGCCUAGAUAUUCACGCCCAUUGUGUUGCCCUGAAACCUAAAUGUUUUACCCAGUGGAUCUUUCCCCUUCAUUCUUAGUACCUCUGUACUGUACUCUAUACACAGUAGCACUAUGUUAUGUGAGGAGGCAUGCAAUGCCACUUGCAUUCUGAACAUUAAGAUGUGAAGAAAUGGAGCAAAAAUGGUAUGAACUCUGCUGAUACUAAUAUCCACAGUGUCACCAUACCUAUGCUGAUAUAGAAGGAAACAUUUUAGCACUACUGUGACCAAAGUGUAAUUUAAUAAAUAAGUAAACAAAGUACAAGGUCAAAAUACAAUAUCAACAAUAAUCACAAAUCUGCAUACAUCUAAUGCCAAUUCCUGGUACAGAUCAGCCACUUCUUUAUCAACUUCAGCGGUACUCUCCUCCGAAUGAAAUAACUUGAUCAAAUGUGAAGAACUUUUGUUCCAUCCACCUGAGAGAUGCUGCAUUUCUAACUUUUCCAGGCAAUAGUUUCUUUACCUCUUUAUUCUCUCUUGCGAUGAGCGACUUCAUCCUCGGCAGCCAUUUCACAAGCUCUCUUAGCCUCCCUUGGAGCCUGUGAAAUGGCCAAAAUUGGAUCAAGUAUUUAAUUUGGAGCAAAGUAACACUGAAGUUUGUAAAGAAGUGACUGGUCCGUACCAGGAAUUGGUGUUGAGGUAUGAAGACUUGUGAUUAUUGUUGAUAUUGUAUUUUGACUUUGCACUUUGUUCACUUAUUUAUUAAAUUUUACUUUGCUCACUACAGUGCUAAAAGGUUUACUUCUAUAGCAGCAUAGGUGCGGUGACCCUGUGGAUGUUAGCCUCUUGACACUGUACCUCCCUUUGUUUUUUGCUCUUCUGAUACUAAAACAUGGGCGCAAGCAAACUGGAAAAAUAUUAAUUUCUUCCUUCAGAGGUUUUUAUGUUCAGAUGUAAUAGCACAGCUGAUACUUGAUUCACUCUUACUUACCAGUAGUAGUAAAUUAACAAAGUCUGGAUGUGACAUUACAUGAAUUCGGGCAUAUUUUUUCUGUUCUUCCUCUCCAUUUGGUUUCUUUAUUCUUGUGGUUUGUGAAAGCCAAUCUAUUAUCAAUUUAGGUUCUUGGAGAAAAAUUUAAUUUUAAGAGAUUUUCCCCCCUUCACAUGAAGAUCUUUGUUUUCUAGAUUGCUACAUUCCUCCUAAUGUUGAAUCUCAGUGAAUGAAGAUUUUUUUUACAAAAAAAGCACGAUUGUUGUACAUCUAAUAUACAAAGCCUUGCUCUUCUCCUGUGGUCUGGAAUGUUUUUGGAAUGUCUGUGGCUCAGCUUAUGAUUUGAGCCAUCACAGCAAAGUGGUUGGGUCUGGAUGGUUUAAACACAUGAUAGAGGGAACAAAGGAUUUCUAUAUAUAUACACACACACAUAUAUAUAUACAUAUAUAUAUAUAUAUAUAUUGUACAGGGAUUUUCUUAAAGCUGUAUAAUUUUGUAAAUAUUUUGCUUUUUUGUGUACUAAAACUACCAGCAUCUAGAUUUCCAUAAGAAUUCUUGUAUUUUUGUAUGCGGAAGACCUCAAGGAGUGAAUGAAGAUAUAAGAGAAAUUUCAGUAGCCUUUGACACAGAUCGGAUGGGAUUCCUUUUCAUAUGGUUUUUAAAAUUUUGUUAGCACACUGUUCAAAAAAGGACAAAUGUCCUUGUUCAUAAGUGUUGGCUUCUUUGGUUGUGGAUGAAAUACAGGGGCUGAGGGGAAAGGUGUUUAAUGAGGGUUUUUUAAGGAUAUGUUGGCUUACAUUAAUCCUCUAGUGACAUCUUAAAUGUGAUUUCUUUGCCCUGAAGCACAAAAAUGAGUUGUGCCCCUGAACUCACAUAUUGAAAGCAUACUAUUGUGUUACUGGAAAUGUAAGUGAUGGGCAGUAGGGUGGUAAUUCGGUUAAUACAGAGGAGAAGGCAAAAACUAGUUCAAAGUGACCUUCCUUUUGACAUUGCUACGGAUCUCCCUGUAUUAGGAGUUAGUUGGACACCAUUUGUAUGUUUUAGGUAGGUGAUUUUGAGUAACACUUUAUUUUUAGUUGCUGUGAAAAUAUAAUUUCCACCUUCACAAGCUGUAAAGACUUAGCAUAAUUAAAUGUCAACUAUAUCUUCCACGUAACUUCAGAACUAUACGUCAAUUUAAAAUAAAAUGUUACCAUUCUAGAAUUAUGCCUUAUGGACCACUGAAGAGUGUGUAGAACUGAUAGAAAAUGAGAAGAAUUCAAGUGUCAGUUGGUCAGUGAAUCACCCUCUAAAGCUUACUUGUAUUACUACUGUAUAAGCUGUCUGGUGUGAAAUAUUUUGUUUUCUUCUGUUUUAUAAAUCCUGGAAUAUUAAACAUGCAGCACCUGAAAACUGGUUUGAAAAUAUAUGGCCACAUACAAUAGAGAUGCUUCAGUGAUUUUUAACAAAAUCAUGUGAAAAGGAAUAUUAAAUUCCUCUCAAUGUACAGUAAACUUGUAUUAUAGUUUUUAUAAAAUUGUGAACGUGUAAUAGUAUAUUAGGAGAUAUUGUUGAAUUUCUAACUGUUUAUACAUUUAAAUUCAUACAUGUAAUGUUUGUUUUAUUGAUUACAAUCUGAAUUUCUAAGAUGCAUGUUGUCUUUUUGCAAUAAAGAGAGAAUAUGGAAUGGUUCAAAAUUUUUAAAAAAGGCAUAAAUGAUUUAAAUUGAAAUUUGGAAAAAUUUAAUAACCAUUCCAAAAAAAAUUACCACAAAA